AUGGCUUUAUCCAAAACGAUCCUAGAAGGACAAACUCCGAUAUCCUGUCAGUUGUGCGAAGAAUCUAACGAAAUAAAAUGGAAAUGUAUAGAAUGUGAUUUUCUCUUGUGUACAAAAUGUCAUAAACUUCAUGAAAAAGUCAAAUCCACGUACCAACAUACCAUUAUUGACAUCAAAGACAUUGCUUUACAUCGUCAGCAGGCCAAAGAAAACAAAGACUUUCAUAAUAUUCCAUGUGAAAUUCAUAGUGGGCAAAACUGCUGCAUAUUUUGUCAGACAUGUGAUGAAGUUAUAUGCCCUUCCUGUAUUGCUAUCACUCAUACAAAGCACAACAUGAUUGAAUUGGUUAAAGGAUACGAGCUAACUGUAAAGAACUUAAAAACUUUUAAUUCUGAACUUGACAAACAAUUAGCAAAUUAUGAAAGAGGAAGAUCUAACCUGUCUACUUUCAAAUCGUCAGAAGACAUCAAAUAUGAGAGAGAGAAGCAAAAAAUAAUGAGCCGAGAAAAACUUUUAAAAGAUGAAGUUGAAAUGCACACAAAAUCACUUCUGAAAGAACUUGAUCAGAGAUGGGAUCUGCAAGCAAAAUUAGUAAAGGAUGCAGAUAUCAAGUCAAAGAAGAUAAACAAAGAUUUAAAAUAUCGAACAGAGUGCUUAACCAAUGCAUUUUCUUCUGUUAAUGCUUGUGAUGUUUUCAGUGCUUGCAAAAGGGAAACAGCAGCAAGAAAACGAAAUAUAGCACUAGUCACUACUUGCAUUAAAAGGCUGCCACAAUACGUUCCAGGAAAUAUACUCAAUCAGCAGACACUACAUGGACAACUAAAUGCGUCUGGUGAUGAUUUCCACUAUGCACUAGACCAAUAUGACCCUAAAGUGAUAAAACAGUAUAAAACAGGACUGAAAGGAGUUGGAAAGAUAGCUUGA